AUGUUCGGAUUCAUUCAUGAGAGUAUUCGACAACUUGUCAUCCGGAAGUAUGGAGAAGACACAUGGCUUCAAGUGCUAGAACGCUCCGGAUUCGAAAAUGGAAAAGAAAACAUUGUGAAUCAUUACUAUUCGGACACCGACACUUACGUUCUUGUCGACAGUGUAUCCAUUGUUUUGAAAGUGACGAAAGAUCAAGUAUGGGAAAUGUACGGUGGCUUCUUGAUCACCUACUCCAUGGAAAUCGGAUGGGACGAGCUUGUACGGAGCAUGAGUCCAAACCUCAAAGGCUUCCUUGACAACCUAGAUAGUCUUCACUACUUCAUUGACCAUGUUGUCUACAAGGCGAACCUGCGUGGCCCGUCAUUUCGGUGUGAAGAGAAUGCAGAUGGUACUCUGAUGCUCCACUAUUUCACUGGACGUCCAGGACUGUAUCAUAUUGUCAAAGGAGUUGUGAAAGAAGUAGCAAAGUUGGUGUUCAAUCUGGACAUCACAUUGGUGGUUCAAGGUAGAACUCAGCGAAGUGUUCACAUGAAUAAUGGAGAACGCGUUGAGGAGCAUGUUAUCUUUUUGGUUAAGAAUGUUGGAGAGAGCAGACGUGAUUCAGAGGCAUCCGGAAUCAGUUUGAUGACGUCAGCAGCUCCAGAUUUUGGAGAGAUCAUAGAUGAUAACCUGAGAAUGUCGCUUCAAGAUUUCUCGAAAGCUUUGCCAUAUCACUUUGUUCUCGAUGAAGCUUGCAAACUUGUUCAGUGUGGAGAUGAACUUUACAAUCACAUACCGAACGAGCUUCUCAAACCAGGGACACCAAUUCUUCGAAUUUUCGAGAUAAAUCGUCCUCAAAUUCCACUGGACUUUGAGAACAUUUGCAACUUCAUCAAUGCGGUUUUUGUACUUCAAGUUAAAACUUCGCCAUUGAAGAAGAAACAUAUGGAUGCAAUGACAAAAGAGGAGCAGGAACAGGAAGCGGAAGCAAUGGAAGCUGAAAGCGUUUCGAACGAGUUAACACAAGGAUGUCAUCUAAAACUCAAGGGGCAAAUGAUGAUGUUGUCCACCAAGAAGCAUAUUAUCUACCUCUGCUCUCCAUACGUUACCUCUAUCAAUGAGCUAAUGCAGUUCGGAAUGCGUCUUACAGCGAUGCCACUUCACGACGCUACGCGUGACUUGAUUCUAUUGAAUCAACAGAGAUUAACAGAUGUUGAAGUCAAUUUACAAUUAGAAGCGAACAAUGAACAGCUCGAAGCGAUGACUCGUGAAUUGGAAAUUGAACGCAAGAAGACUGACUCGAUUUUGAAAGAUAUGCUUCCCAGAAAAAUUGCCCAACAGCUACUAAGCGGAGAGCAUAUAGAACCAUGUGAAUACGAAGCUACUGUCAUGUUUUGUGACCUUCCCGCGUUCCAACAAAUUAUUCCAGUUUGUCAGCCAAAAAAUAUUGUCAAACUACUAAAUGAGGUGUUCCACAAACUGGAUCGUAUCGUAGUUCUUAGAGGUGUAUACAAAGUGGAAACGGUCUCCGACAGUUAUAUGACAGUAUCAGGGAUCCCAGACUACACUUCUGAACACUCGGAAACAAUGUGCCACGUGGCAUUGGGAAUGAUGUGGGAGGCGCGUUCAGUGAUUGAUCCAGUCAAUAAUACUCCAUUCUUGCUUCGCAUAGGCCUCCACUCUGGAACUAUCAUCGCCGGAGUCGUCGGCACCAAAAUGCCACGAUAUUGUCUUUUUGGAGAGACAGUCACACUGGCUUCUCAAAUGGAGUCACUAGGGUUGCCAGGAAAGAUUCAAUGUAGCAAAUGGACGUAUUCAAAGGCAAUGGAGACCGGAAGAUUUGAAUUUGCGCCCAGAGGAAGAAUCAAUGUGAAGGGAAGAGGAGAAUUGGAGACCUAUUUUUUGACGAGAAGUUUGAAGAAAAGUAUUUGGGAAAUCACAGACCAUGAGAGAGAUGUCAACGUCAACAGCAUCGAGGGGUAUGAAGAGUUGGAGACGUCCAUUGAGAAUGCGCAAGCGGCUGCAAAAUUGGAUAAUCCAAAAGGAUCUCAUAAUAAUUCAGCAACAUGUAUUAUUGCUUAA